AUGGACCGGCUUGCACCCGAGAGCCUCCAGUGCAUUGCGGCGUACGUGGCGGACGCCAAUGAGCUCGUCGCGUUCUUGCGUCUGCUGCCAACCACCGCGCUCGGGCCGUCGUUUUCGGUCCUUGUGACCACUCGGCGAUUGCACCGCCGAUGGCCGCGCUUCUUCAUGGAUGCUGAUGUCGGUGGCGACGACAUUGUCGCACUCCAAUCACUCGUCACCAGCGUGCACGUCCCGUCGCUGAAAGCUCUCUACCAGGUUACAUCAAACGCAGUGCUUCGAUCCCACGUGUUGAUUCAACUGGUGCCGCCGAUACACCCGUACAAGCUGCAGCACCCGGUCUUGCUCCACGUGCGAUCGCGGCUCAGUUGUCUGCACCUCGCAAUUCCGACGAUGGAGAUGCCGGCGCCGCGUAUCAAAGCGCUGAUUUCAUUUCUGGCAGCGUGUCCUCGUUUGCUCACACUACAUCUGGCGUGGCGCGUGCAGCUGCAGCCAGCGGUACUCCAAGCGCUCGUCGACAAAGCUGUCAUUGCGCAAGGGUUGACCGAGCUCGCGUUGCAAAGUGACGUUACGUACGAGCUGCCAGACGCAUUGGCAAGCGAUUUGGCUUGUUGGAUCCAACAGAGACCGUCGCUGACGACAUUGAAGCUGGAAAGCAUUGCAAUGACGGACGCGGCCAGCAAAAACGUCUUCGCGACGCUGCUUGCUCUCCCGCAAUUGACGACGCUGUCUCUGCAGAGCUCGGCGGCGUUGGCCGCGCAGUGCUGGCGCCCACAGCGGCUUCCAUCGCAGCUGCGAACCCUCGACAUUUCCGCCUGGGACGGUCGUGCCUCGAUGGAUGCGAUCGUUGCGCUGCGGACUGUACCCCACCUUCGAGACUUUGCCCUUCGCGGUCACGCCAAUGUCGAUUUUUCGUUCGAGAUCCCGCGCCGCCUGCACCGACUAAGCCUAUGCGUCGGUCAAGUGCCGUCGAGUCGGUCGUGGUGGGAGGCGCUGCCGUCGUCGCUGCACGAUCUCGAGCUGCAGCUAGGUCGGGGCGACGACGACGUAGCGCUGCUCACAGCGUGUCUUUUGCGACUGCCCAAGCUGCAGCGAUUGACUUUGAACGAGUCGAACAUCACGUGUGAUGGUGCCAUCCAGCUCGCGGCCGUGUUGCCCCACUGCCAGUUGCAGUCGUUGCCGCUCUAA